GAGGCUGCCGUAGUCAGCCAGAGGGGCAUCCUCUCCUGUGUGUGUCGUGUAACGGUUGAUCUGUUGACUUUGGAAUUGCCUUUUUGUCUGGAUCAGGCGACGAAGAGGAAACGGGGGAGAGGGCGCGUGUAUGAGAGAGAGAGAGGUAGCAAGGACUACGAGGGGGGGAAAUAGAAGCCUUCAUGUUUCAAUUGCCAAUCUUGAAUUUCAGUCCCCAGCAGGUCGCGGGGGUAUGCGAGACUUUGGAGGAGAGUGGGGACAUCGAACGCCUCGGCCGGUUCCUCUGGUCGCUGCCGGUCGCCCCUGGUGCCUGCGAGGUUCUCAACCGAAAUGAGUCGGUUUUGCGGGCACGGGCCAUCGUGGCUUUUCACACUGGGAAUUUCCGUGAGCUCUACCACAUUCUGGAGAACCACAAGUUCACCAAAGAGUCGCAUUCCAAACUGCAAGCGCUUUGGCUGGAGUCUCACUACCAAGAGGCAGAGAAGCUCCGGGGUCGCCCGCUAGGGCCAGUGGACAAAUACAGGGUACGGAAGAAGUUCCCACUACCCAAAACAAUUUGGGAUGGUGAACAAAAGACUCAUUGCUUCAAAGAAAGGACCCGGCAUUUGCUCCGAGAGUGGUACCUCCAAGACCCUUACCCAAACCCUAGCAAAAAAAGAGAGCUCGCACAAGCCACAGGACUCACUCCCACCCAAGUCGGAAACUGGUUUAAAAACCGGAGACAAAGGGACAGAGCCGCGGCGGCCAAAAACAGGUUACAACAACAAGUGAUGUCCAAUGGCUCGGUUCGAUCCCUGACUGGAGAAGACGGCGCAGUGGACCGUCUCGGAACCGCGUCGAGCCCCGAAGCAAGUCUGUCGAGCAAAGCAGCCGCGUCGGCUAUCUCCAUCACUUCGAGCGACAGCGAAUGUGACAUCUAACACCGCACCACGAGCUGCCCCGCGGGCCAGUCAGGAUGACGAUGAGAAAAUGAACACAUUUAAGAGGGAAAUCGAGACAGACAAUCAGCAAGACAAACAAGCACAUCAGUGCCUGCCUUAACGUA